AUGGAGGAAAAAAAACGAGAAAUUCAAAGAAUAGGAUAUAAUAUCAAUUUUAAGCAGGCUCUUGUGGCAGGCGGCAUAGCAGGGACUUCAGUAGACAUAAUUCUAUAUCCUUUAGAUACAUUAAAAACUCGACUACAAUCAAAAGCAGGGUUUCAUUCUUCGGGAGGUUUUCGUGGAAUUUAUUCAGGACUUACAAGUGUUAUCAUCGGGAGUGCACCAGGAGGUUUUCAUCAGCAUUUUUUUGUUUCAUACGAAUACCUGAAAUAUGUUCUCGGAGUCGGAGUUCUCGACAAUAGAUAUCUUCCUUUAAUUCACAUGACGGCUGCUUCUGGCGGCGAGAUUGCGGCAUGCACUAUCCGUACUCCAACUGAAGUCAUAAAAUCAAGAAUGCAAACAAAACUCUAUUCUUCGAUGUAUUUAGCCGUCAGAACGAUUUAUCAAGAGGAGGGAUUCUUUGGCUUUUAUCGCGGAUUUUUAAGCACAGUAUUUAGAGAAAUACCUUUUACAUGUCUCCAAUUUCCUCUAUACGAAUAUCUAAAGGUCGUGUUGGCAAAACGCACUCAGAAAAGGUAUAUUGAACCUUGGGAGGCUGCAAUUUGCGGUUCUAUCGCUGGUGGAACAGCGGCAGCUAUUACGACUCCACUUGAUGUUAUCAAGACCAGGUUGAUGUUGUCUGCAAAAAAACAGAGUGUGCACAAUUAUUCAGGAAUAUUCAACACUUUUAACAGGAUAUUAUCUGAAGAAGGCCCGAGAGCAUUCUUUCUGGGAAUUUGGCCUCGGGUUCUGUGGAUUUCCAUUGGUGGGAGCAUAUUCCUAGGCGUUUAUGAAAAAUCAAAAAAGACUUUGAUUGAACAUAAGAUCAUGGAAUAG